UCAGCCCUUAGCUAUAUUUUAGGUCUACCGCAGUCUCUCCGGCGAUGGCCAAGGCGCUGUCGGCCGCGCUCUCCGUCCUUGUGAUCUCACUGCUCCUCUGCGUGUCGCCCGCGCGAUCGCUCAGCUUCGAGAUCCACAAGGAGCGCACAAAGUGCAUGAACGAGGAGCUCCACUCUGGCGCGCUGGUGUUGGGCGAAUAUCGCGUUACCGAUCCCAAGGAGCUCGACAAGCCGGCGAUCCACAAAAUCCACGCCCGGCUGUCUGAUCCAGAUGGAUACACGCUCCAUCUGGCCGAGGGAGUUGACAAGGGACAGUUUGGUUUCAAAGCAAGCACAACGGGAGUUUACGUUGCUUGCUUCUGGCUCGAGAAUGUGGACGCCAAGGAAGCCGUGGUUGCGGUCGAUCUCGACUGGAAGACUGGUGUUGCCGCUAAAGACUGGGGAAACAUUGCCAAGCGCGAGCACAUCGAUGGAGUGGAGCUGGAGCUUCGAAAGAUAGAAGAGCUAGUGGAUUCCAUUCACGAAGAGAUGCUCUUCUUGCGAGAGAAGGAACAAGAGAUGCGCGCUUUUAACGAGUCCACGAACACAAGGAUAGUCGUGCUCGGUGCACUGUCCUUGCUUUUUUGCUUGCUGGUAGCGGUCUUCCAAUCGUUACACAUGAAAGUGUUUUUCGAGAGGAAAAAACUGCUGUAAACCUUGAAAUGAAAAAAUAAAAUCCAUGAAUACAACUUUCCGUGCGCA